ACAGUGACAAGAAGCUGAUGGUAAUUUUACGAGUGUGUUUACUGACAUAGGACUUAUGUACAAUUUCAAUAAUAAAUGAAUAAAGUGUUGUUAUUAAAAAUAAAUUAACUUAAAACGAAGACUUAAUACAAAUAUAAUAAUUAAGGAAAAGUGAAAUAGCACAAUUCCUAAAUAACGUCAAAAAGAGUGACUAAAUUCAUUGCAAUAGAAAGAAACAUUUCAAAAUGGUUUGUGAAAAAUGUGAGAAGAAAUUGGGCCGUGUGAUAACUCCAGAUCCUUGGAAAUCAGGGGCUAGAAACACUGUGGAGUCAGGCGGUCGAAAAGUCGGCGAAAACAAGGCUUUAACCGCCAAAAAAGGACGUUUUAACCCAUAUACAAGCAAGUUCCAAGAAUGCAGGAUAUGCCGAACAAAAGUCCACCAAGUAGGCUCACACUAUUGUCAAGCAUGUGCUUACAAGAAAGGGAUAUGUGCAAUGUGCGGUAAGAAAAUACUGGACACUAAAAACUACAGGCAAAGCUCAACGUAAAAGUAAACUACUAAAAUUAUUAAUAAAUUAUUCAGAUUGGGAAUGAAAUGGUUGCAAAAAGUAAGAGACAAAUGGCAGUGACAUAAACAGAGUAAGGCCUAUGCCCAAGAGUUUGUUAUUGCAGGCUGAAAA